GUGGCGAACCUCCUCGAAGUUCCUACUCUUAUUCUGUGAGUCUUUCUGGAACCUCCCAUUCUUACCCUGUCACCCUUAUAAAUGGCCAAAAUGCACCCGAGACUCUGCAUAGAAAAUAAAAUCACAUCAGAAGCAGUUGUUUGUAGGAGAGAAGAAGGAAAGAAAAUGGAUAUCAGGCUGAUGGAAUUGGACUCUCCCUUGUUCUCCACUCUGCACCGGAUGAUGGAUAUGACAGAGGACGCAGAGAAGAACUUAAGCGCACCGACGCGGACGUACGUUCGAGAUGCAAAGGCAAUGGCUGCCACCCCUGUGGACGUGAAGGAGUAUCCGAACUCUUAUGUGUUCGUGAUCGACAUGCCUGGCUUGAAAUCUGGGGACAUUAAGGUGCAGGUGGAGGAGGACAAUGUGCUAAUCAUAAGCGGAGAGAGAAAGAGGGAGGAGGAGAAGGAAGGGGCCAAGUAUUUGAGGAUGGAGAGAAGAGUGGGAAAGUUCAUGCGCAAGUUCACACUCCCAGACAAUGCCAACACUGAUGCCAUAUCUGCCGUCUGCCAGGAUGGUGUGCUCACUGUCACCGUCAACAAGUUGCCUCCUCCUGAGCCCAAGAAGCCCAAGACUAUCGAGGUCAAGAUUGGUUAAAUUUCUUAAUUUUCAAGGUCUUUUGCACUGCACUACAUUACACCUAUCUCAACCCCUGCUUUCAUGUUCUGUAUGAGGUUAUAUGGUUUUGUGUCUUUCCUUCGGUUUUUGUUGUUGGUCUCACUAUGAAUGUGAUCUGAAAUGCAGUGAUAUUAUUAUGAAUGCUUUGAAAUGAACUUAAUUUUUCUAA